AUGGAGCAGUCGGGCCAACGCUCCCAUGCAAAACAAGCCGCAUGUCUGAGUUGCCGACGAAGCAAGAUCCGCUGUAAUCGCACAGCAGGUGAGACUAGCUGCGAUAAAUGUAAGCAGACUGAUGCGGAGUGCAUUGUGCCAAAUCACCACCUUGGCAGACAGAAGGGAGUGAAGAACAAACGCAAGGGCCUGGAAAAGGCGAUUCAUCAGAUUGAACAGGCCAUCAAAAGACCGAGGAUUGACUCCGGCGAUGACGAUGCGCAAAGAGCCAUCUCUGGGCUCCAGGAACUCCUCAGUCAAGUUCAGGGCCAUUUAAUGCAGGGUGAUCAAGAUGUUUUUUCUGAUGGUCCGGGGCCAGGUAAUGAUCACGAUUCUGACCCGCCUUCGCUGCGCGAUAGCAAGGUAGAUGAGAGUCUUACUCUGGACGAUGCGGAGAAUCCGUUACAAUUGCUAGCCAGAGCCUCUGAUCUGCAGCUUUCGCCAACGGACUUGCGCCGGGCUCCUAGGUCUUCGCUGCCUUUGCCGGGUGCUCCGUUGGCGGUGUCGCAGGAACACGCGAUGCCCGGAGAGCCGAGCGCGAAGUCAUUCUUCGUGCCGGCCAGAGCAAAUUUAGAUGUUGGACCUGAGGUCGACCCUGUAGAUCUGGGCUUGGUCACUUUCGACGAGUCAGAAUCUCUGUUCUCAUUCUUUUAUCAAAAUCUCGCUCACACGCGAUGGGGUCUCGAUCCAUUAAUACAUACACCCUCAUUUGUGCGCUCUCAAUCCGCGUUUCUGUUCACAUCGAUUAUGGCUGGUGCGGCUUUAUUUCUACCAUCUGCAGCCGCUUUAUCUAAAAGAUUAUCUCGGCAUUGCAAAUGGCUCGCAAAGAGGGUCAUUACAAAACGGCAUAGGUCUGUCGAGAUUGUCUUGGCUUUUAUGGUAAAUGUGCCCUGGAUGUCCCCCGGCGAUAGUCUUGGGGAUGACGAUACCUGUUCAUAUAUAGCCAUGGCUUUGACUGUUGCUUUGGAUUUGUCUUUGAACAAGAUUAUCUCUCCAUCUGCGAGCUUUGAUCAUGAUCUUCUGAAUCACUUAGCUCGGGCGGAUUGUAUCGAUGCCAGGAGGGCUCUGCAUAUGGAUGGAUUUGAUGAUGUUGAUCCAUCCACUGAGUGGGGUCUGCGUUUGCUUCGGCGGCGUGAAAGGGCUUGGAUUGCUUUAUUUGUUGUCGAAAGGGGUGUUUGUCUUGCUCGUGGACGAAGCUAUACAGUUCCUCCGACUGCGCUUAUUGAAAAUUGUGACCGUUGGCAUUUAUCCAAUGUUGCUGAUUUGCGUGAUGGUCCUAUGAACUCCAUGGCAGUUCUUCGCAGAGAUUUGGACGGACUAUUCAAGAGAGUCAAAUCCAGCUGUGAUAGUUACCGAAUCAUUGAUACCGGCUCAGAAGCCGCUCAAUCGAUCAAAAAAACCAUACAAGCCUUCUAUGAACGAUGGUACGCAACCUGGGCCCUAUCAAUUGGUGAGGGUGACACACGUUCUCUUCCUCCAUACGUCGAAAUUCUCGUAACACACACCCAACUCUCAACGUACGGCGGCGUAAUCAACCACCCAACAGCUCCCCUCGAAGUAAAACGUUUCUUCCGCGCUGCAGGCCUCUCAGCCGCUCUAAACGUCCUUCGAGCCGCUAUCCAAGGUGAAGCCCGCCUAAAAUCAAUGCCUAACAAUACAGUCAUCAUGAUAUCCUUCGCAGCCUGCUCAGCACUAAGUCUCAGCGUUACGCCCGGUGACAGCAGAUCAAGUCUUGCGCCCAGUGUGCGAAACCUAAUCGAAGAAACGGCUGGUGUUCUGGAAAGAGUCGGUGCAACACCUAGUCACCGCAAUGGUUCAUCGGUGCUUUAUGGCCGAUUUCUGCGCGAGUUGAUCCGGAGAGCUCCUGUCCUCCCACUUCCGUUACUCCAUCCGCAAUCCCAAUUCCAAUCCAAUGGUGAACGUGUCAAUAUUUCUAAUAUUGACCUUCCUGAACCGGCUUUCCCUCCUAUAUCUUCAGGAUUUGACAACCAAGACCCUCCAUCGCAAGUUCCCCAGCCGCCAACAUCGCUUCCACCUGAGAAUAUAUGGUCUGAGCCGAUGCAUUUCUCGGCGAUGUCGGAUAACCAGAUUGUUGAUGCGGUCAAUCGGGCUGGGACUGCAUUCGGGUCAUCAAUUCCUGAUGUCCCGCUUGAUGAUAUGCUGAACUGGGAUUGGCUUGAUUUUGCGAAUGCAGAUUUUGGCUUAUGA